CACCAUCCUGCACUAAAAACAAAACAAAACAAAACAAAAAAACAAUAAAGGACGUUAAAGAAAAGACCAGACAACAAGGCGAGCAAUGCUAUCUUCUGACAAUGCCUCAUCACCACCGUUAAGAGUGAAGCAGGAUGAAUUUCAUCUUCUACACAUUCUUGGCAUACUUUUAUUUGGGAUCGCAAAUAUUCCUUCUCCAUACCCUGCUCGUCCAGCCCGCUCAUUCUCACCCGCAGCCCUGCCACAUCCUUGCGCGGAUAGGACACACCGUGCGCCUGGGUGCCCUCCUGCCUCCCCGCCAGUCGGUCCGGGUGCGGGCGGCUCUCCACCGCGCCCUCAGCGGUCUCGCCGAAAGCGGCAACAACUUUCUUCCGUACAACUUGAGCCUGGACGUGGUGGCUCGGGAAGCCCCGAGCGGAGACCCCGAGUCGCUCUUCAGGUGUGUGUGUCAGGAUAUAGUGGUCCAGGGGGUCUCGGCUGUGCUCGCCUUCCCUCAGACGCAGGAGGAAAUAGUGCAAAUGGAAUUUAUGUCCUCUUUUUUGGAAAUUCCUUUUAUAAGCAUCAUUGAGCACGGAGAGCCUCUCAAAACCCAGAAUCGCUUCCACUUGCAGAUGACAACCCGUAUUCCCCCGUCGGGACUGGUGGAGCUGCUUCUAGCCGUCCUGCAGCGCAGUGGCUGGGAGGAGAGCAUGGCGGUGCUUUGCCAAGGCUGGGAGGACGCUGGUCUUCUGGAUCUCCUGAAACUCACAAACUCCGGCUGGGGACCCUCACACUGGCACCUGCGGGCCGCUCUGAACCUCUCCCACAGCACACCUCACAUGGCUAAUAUUUCUGACUUCCUGUCUGAGCACUUUAAUCAGGACCUUUCUCCACCCGCCUCGGUCCUGCUUUUCGGGGCCGACCCGGAGUGUGCCUCUUCCGUUCUGCGCAGUGCGCAUGACCUGGGGCUGACAUUGCCCACAGUACAUUGGAUUAUGGGACAUCCCCUAAGCCCAGACGCCCUUCAUUCUAUUGGUCUACCUUUAGGACUGUUGGCCUACGGAGAGGUCGACCACAAACCGCUGGACUACUACAUCCGUGAUGCCCUGCAGUUGGUCAACCGAGCUGUUACUGCGGCCACAGUUGUACGGCCUGAUCUAGCUCUCAUCCAAAAUAUGGUAAACUGUUUUGACAAACCCAACAAACAUGAGCUGCCCUCAUCAGGACAGUACAUUGCCAGGUUCCUCUCUAAUACGUCCUUUGUAGGGUUGACGGGCCCUGUCAGCGUUCAGCGCAACCUCUCCCGUGUACUCACCUCUCAGAGGGUCCACAUUUGGAGUCUACGCCGUGAUGCCGUCGGUCAGCCCACGUGGGUGACUGUAGGCAGCUGGGAAGGUGGUAGGUUGGAUGUAGAGGAGCAGGGAUUAUGGCAGGGAUCGCCCCCUCGGCAGCACACCGAGGGCCAGAUGGGCAGGGUGGGUCGUAGAUGGCGGGCCGGCUUUCCUGUGUCGGGGAGUCGUCUGCGGGUAGUCACUCUAGUGGAGCACCCGUUUGUCUUCACUCGAGAGGUAGAUGAGGAUGGGAACUGUCCCGCUGGGCAAUACUGUCUGGAUGCAGGGACAAAUAACUCGGAAACCCUGGACCACUUGUUCACCGAACGGGCUCAAGGCAACAGCAGCUUUUUGCCACCGGAUUUCAGCAAGUGCUGCUAUGGAUACUGUAUUGAUCUGCUGGAGAAGCUGGCAGAGGACAUGAACUUUGAGUAUGACCUGUACAUAGUUGGGGACGGGAAAUAUGGAGCAGUCAAGGGUGGCCAGUGGACAGGGUUGGUGGGCGACCUGCUGAGCGGGGUGGCUGAUAUGGCUGUUACCAGCUUCAGCAUCAACUCAGCUCGCAGUAAAAUGAUCGACUUCACCAGUCCGUUCUUUUCCACGAGUUUGGGAAUACUAGUGCGCAGUAAGGACACGGCGGCACCCAUUGGAGCGUUCAUGUGGCCGUUGCACUGGUCCAUGUGGAUGGGCAUCUUUGUGGCACUGCAUAUUACGGCGUUCUUCCUUACCCUCUAUGAAUGGAAGAGUCCCUUCGGCAUGACGCCUCAUGGGCGAAACCGCGUGAAGGUCUUCUCCUACUCCUCAGCCCUCAACCUUUGCUACGCCAUCCUCUUCGGCCGCACAGUCUCCAGUAAGACGCCCAAGUGUUGGACUGGACGUUUCCUGAUGAACCUGUGGGCCAUAUUUUGCUUGCUGGUUUUGUCUAGUUACACUGCAAACCUGGCUGCAGUUAUGGUUGGGGAAAAGACCUUUGAAGAGGUCUCUGGAAUACAUGAUGCCAAGCUCCACCACCCAUCUCAGGGAUUCCGAUUCGGCACUGUUCGGGAAAGCAGUGCGGAGGAUUACAUGAAAAAGAGUUUUCCUGAGAUGCACGAGUACAUGCGAAAAUUCAACGAACCCACCACACCUGAUGGUGUCGCCACUCUCAAGACAGAUCCGCCUCAACUUGAUGCUUUUAUCAUGGACAAAGCCCUGCUGGACUACGAGGUGUCCAUUGAUGCCGACUGCAAGCUGCUGACAGUUGGAAAACCUUUUGCUAUUGAAGAGCAUGAUGUUGAUCUCUCUCAUUCAUCCCUUGAUGAGAUAAAUCCUUUUUUCUUUUCUUUUCUUUUUUUGCAGAAAAUCCACAGAGCACUGAACAUGACUUAUGAGGAUGUGAAACGGCAGCGGGCGAACACAGAGAAAAGUUGUAACAUCCAGAAAGCCCAGCCGCAUCCGCCACCUCCACCUGCUCCCCUCGGAUCCUUCGCCAGAUGGAACAACGAGAACGCCAAUGCGGCGCAGGAGCCCAAAGACAACAAGAGGGUCCAUUUCAACUUGGAGACCCUCAACACGCGCCGUCUCUUGCCCCGCGUCAUGUCCGAGGGGGGUCAGUCCAGCGCCACCUCCGCAUUGAGCUCCGAAGCUGGGACUUUACUGGCGAGAGUGUGUGAAAACGGAGGGCCCGUUCAGGGGCCCGCCUCUUCCUCAGUGAGAUCCUCAAGCCCCUCCAGAGACAGCGAGCUGGAGGAGCUCCAGGCCAAGAUCGAGGAAUUCCGCGGGCAUUUGAAAGCCGCUCUAGCUCGUAGGGCGGAGCUUCAGACUACACUGGCCAAAGAACGAGCGGCUGCCGUCAUCGCCCCGGCAACCACCGCAGCAGCUCCGCCCACAGUCACAGCCACCAUAUGCCCCGCCCUCACCAAAGAGCCAGCAGAUUUGAAAAGGUGAUGCUCACAAUGUCUGAAGUGAACACGGUACACAUGACAAUGGACAUGUUUUUCUAUCUUUCUCCUCCCCAAAAAAUCUCCCUGGACUCUUUUAAAAUCAUCACGCUAAGCAACACUGAUCCUAGGUAUGGUUUUGCUAAUGAUAAUGCUAAUAGGGCCUCAUGUGGCUUAAUUUCUAAAGCCCCGCUGUGAAAGCUGGAGCUACCUGGAUUUGGACAUUUGCGUUUGAAACUGUUGAAAGCAGCAAGCAAGUCCAUGCUUUCCUCUCAUAGCUUUGUUUAUUGAUGGAGCUUUCCCUCUGCCCGGCUGUUGUUUUCUUGGUGGAUAUGGAUCGGAAUAAACCCCU